GGUUCGGUACGGUUCGGUUUUACCAUAUUGAACAGCCCUAGUUAUUUUCUAAGUGUACUUCUGUUUUAAUAAAGUAGAUAUACGCAGAAGAUUUACGUAACUAUUCUCUGCGCACGUUAUGGAAUCUUUGUUGGUAUACUAAAAAGAAAUCUAUUUUGAUGUAAUAAUAAAACAUUAAUAAAAAACAGAAGCCUUUGUCUGAUAAUUUAUAUUUGACAUAUUCUUACGAAGAAGGAAAUUAUGGAGUUGUCACGAAUUUUUUGGGGGAUCUAUUUUUAUGAGUAAUUUAAAAUAAUAAUAUAAUUUUGUAUAGAGUAAAUGUAAAACAAAAAUUUGGUUGGAAGGGGGUGAAAACUGGACUUGUUUAAAAGGCAAGGCAAAGAGGAGUCUUGUUUAAAAGGCAAGUACUAACCAAACUUUCAUCUUCAUUGCCUUUUUUUUUUCUUCAUUCUGCCGCCAUAUCUAUUUCCUUACCUAUUUUUCUUGCUUGAAACUUUAUGCCUUCCGUUCAAAUGCGCUCGUCUCCGUCUGUUUCACCGCCGAGGACGGUUACUGAUCUCAAGCAGCGAGUCAUCGCCUGUCUCAACCGUCUCUCCGAUCGCGACACUCAAUCUCUAGCCGCCGCAGAGCUCGACUCAAUCGCUCUCAACCUCUCACCGGAUGCCUUCUCCCUCUUCAUAAACUGUCUCCAAACCACAGACUCUUCAGCUAAGUCUCCCGUUAGGAAACACUGCGUCUCUCUCCUCUCCCUACUCUCUCGUUCCCAUGGAGACUCCCUCGCUCCUCACCUCCCGAAGAUGGUCUCCACCGUCCUCCGCCGUCUCCGCGAUCCUGACACCUCCGUCCGCGCCGCUUGCGCAACCGCUUCCGUCGAUAUGACCACCAACAUCACCGAACCGCCUUUCUCCGUCCUCGCCGGGCCAAUGAUCGAAGCCUUGAUCCACGACUGCGAUACCAACGCGCAGAUAGGAGCCGCCGUGUGCCUUGCGGCGGCUAUAGACGCGGCUGAUGAUCCUGAUGUCGAGCAGUUGCAGAAAGCGCUUCCGAAGAUCGGGAAGUUGCUCAAAUCGGAAGGCUUCAAGGCGAAACCUGAACUUCUAGGAGCCAUAGGAAGCGUAAUCGGCGCCAUUGGAGGCAGAAACAGCGACAAGGCCGUGCUGGAUUGGCUAUUACCUAACGUGUUGGAGUUUCUAAGCAGCGAUGAUUGGCAUGCGAGGAAAGCUGCUGCGGAGGCCGUGGCUAGAGUAGCUACGGCUGAAGAAGAGUUAGCUCCUUUGUAUAAGAAGGCAUGUCUUGGUGUUCUUGAGAGCAGAAGAUUUGAUAAGGUUAAGCUUGUUAGGGAGAGGAUGAAUCAUACGUUGAGUCUAUGGAAGCAACUUGGAGAUGAUUCUCCAGACUCAUCUUCCCUCUCCAAAUCAGGAAAAGGAAUCAACACAUUGAAGAGCAAAGAAAAGAAUCCAAACGUACCAACAGGCUCAAAGUUAAAUGAUGUUGAAGAUGAGCUGCGGCCAUUGGGGACGAAAAGGGUUCUGUUUCCGGCAAAGCCGUCUAAGGUCAAAGAGAAUAGAUCUAAUAAGUCACAAGCUGUUGCUGUUGUUCAGAGUGGUGAUGAAGAAGAGGAGAGUAGUAGUAGUAGUUCAUCACAGAGAAAGAAUGCAGAAGAAGAGUUGUCUCUGAUAAGAAACCAGAUCACUCAGAUCGAAAAACAGCAGUCUAGUCUGUUAGAUCUCUUUCAGCGAUUCAUGGAGAGCUCGCAGAACGAAAUGCAGUCGCUGGGGAGACGAGUGCGUUGUCUAGAGACAUCAUUCAGUGUACUCUCCACUGAUUUGUUAGUGUCUCGCACCAUAACACAAAAUGGCAACCACAAACGAAAUGCCCAUCUACAGAAUUGAAGGAAAAAGGUUCCAAAAGCCUUCAUUCUCUACCUGAGAACACACUUGAUAGUUGGGCUCGUGAAGAAGUUUUUAUUGGUUUAUACAUAACUCUAAGCUGCAUGUAUAAGUGUUUUAGUUCAUGAUUUCUUGAAGCUAUUUUUACAUUUCCGUAAACAAAGUUCUUUACAUUGUU